CAUUAUCUUUUUCUUUUCUAUGUUUUUAUUUUUUUCUCUCAUUUGCAAUUUUUCUUCCGAACAGCACAAGCAGCCCCUAAAAACCCUAAUCUGAUAUCACGGAAUCCAAUCAAUCAACACCCACGUUUGACUUUUGAAUCAAUCGGUCAACUUUCAAUAAUUCCCUUAUCCAGUGCGUCCUCAGUUUCUUGAUGCUUGCUUAAUUGAUUUUGUAAGAAUCCCCAAUUUUAUAAUUCUUGAUUAACUAAUUAUACUGAUUUUAGGGUUUCGAUUACUUAAAUCGAUGCUCUAAAGCUGUAGUUUUUGAUUUUAGUAACCCCUGUAUAUAUAUUAUAUACGUAUAUAUUGGGUUUAUUUUCUGGGUACUGUUUGAUCAUGUAUGGGUAUUGAUGAAUAUUUGAUAUUUUAGUGUUUUUAGGGCUUAGAUUUAUUUGGGUUUUCGAAAUUUUGUAAAAAGUUAGGAAAUUUAUAGAGGAAAAAUAAUGUCGUCUGCUGGGGUGAUUACGAUGAGUCCGCUUAGUGACGAAUCGAUUAUGCCGUCGUUACCCGUGCAAAACCAAGAACCAAUUAUGAUUCAUUUAGCAAUGUCUGGUUCGAUGGAACCGAUGAGAGUGUUGGGAUCUGAUUCUAUCGAAUCAGUUAAGCUUAAGAUUCAGAGCUAUAAAGGGUUUGUUGUUAAGAAUCAGAAGUUGGUUUGUGGGGGUAGGGAAUUAUCGAGGAGUAAUUCGUUGGUUAGGGACUACGGUGUUGGUGAUGGGAAUGUGGUCCAUUUAGUCGUUAAGGUUUCCGAUGUUCAAUUGAUUAACGUGAAAACCGCGUGUGGGAAAGAGUUUAAGUUUCACGUUGAGAAGAAUCAUGAUGUCGGGUAUGUGAAAAGGCAGCUUGCUAAGGGGAAAAAGCAUUUGGGUUUGAUUGAUAUCGAGGAACAAGAAGUGUUGUGUGAAGGUGAGUUGCUUGAGGAUGAGAGACUUAUUAAUGAUAUAUGUAAGUAUAAUAACGAUGCUGUGAUUCGCUUGACUGUUAGGAAGUCUGCAAAGAUUCGAGCGAAGCCUGUGGAUAAGCAUUUUGAGUUGACUAUAGUUGCACCACAAUCUAAUGAUUCAAAAGAACGUGAUCUUGCUGUUAGACAACUUAAGAAUGGAGCUCAUGGUAUUGAGUAUUAUGGUUCAGUUCCUAAAGAAGCUGCAAAGAGAAGUCUUUGGUUGGAACCGGUGGUUGUUAACCGAAAGGCUACUCUACCAACUGUGCUGUUGGACCUAAUUAAUUCGACAUAUGAUGGUUUGAUGAAAGGGAAUUACCCAAUAAGGUCUUCUGAGGGUACGGGUGGAGCGUAUUUGAUGUUGGAUGCAUCAGGGACUAAAUUUAUCUCUGUUUUUAAGCCUAUUGAUGAAGAACCUAUGGCUGUAAAUAACCCUAGGGGCUUACCCGUAUCAGCUGAUGGUGAAGGACUGAAGAAGGGGACAAUUGUUGGCGAGGGUGCAUUGAGGGAAGUUGCUGCAUAUAUUUUAGAUCAUCCAAAAGGCGAACGUAGGUCUAUAUCUGGUGAAUACAAAGGUUUUGCUGGAGUCCCACCUACAUUCUUAGCAACAUGCUUACAUGAAGGGUUUAAUCAUCCUGACGGUGUAAAAGAGAAGAUAGGGUCGUUGCAGAUGUUCAUGGAGAACAAUGGGAGCUGCGAGGAUAUGGGUCCUGGUGCGUUUCCUGUAGACGAGGUACAUAAGAUCUCUGUGUUGGAUAUUAGGAUGGCAAAUGCAGAUAGACAUGCUGGAAAUAUUUUGGUUAGCAAAGGAGAAGAUGGUAAGGUUGUAUUGAUACCUAUCGACCAUGGAUACUGCUUGCCUACCAGUUUUGAAGAUUGCACCUUCGAGUGGCUCAACUGGCCUCAAGCUCGCCAACCAUUCAGUUGUGAAACAGUCGACUACAUUAGUUCGCUGGAUGCUGAGGAAGACAUUGCUGUACUCAACUUCUAUGGAUGGAAACUACCCUCAGAAUGUGCACGCACUCUUCGAAUAUCCACCAUGCUACUCAAGAAAGGUGUCAAGAAAGGAUUGACCCCUUUUGCCAUUGGAAACAUUAUGUGUAGAGAGAACUUGAAUAGGCAGUCUGUGAUUGAAGAGAUAGUUCAGGAAGCAGAUGAUCUCGUUCUUCCUGGUUCGAGUGAGGCUGCAUUUGUGGAGGCUGUUUCUCAGAUCAUGGAUCAGCGUCUAAAUUUGAUUCCUUAACAGACAUUCAUAGAUAUUAUUAGUAGCACAUAAAAUUGUUUAUUUUUGUGUAUAAGACCUUACGUGCAUAUGUUGUCGGUACAUAUGUUUCUAUGUGGGUGUGGAUAUCUUCCCAAUCCUUCAUAGCUGUUGGAGUUUAUGUUUCAUAAUGUCAGAACAAUGAUCGAUCUUUUAUUCGUUUUUUUCCUGAA